AUGGGUACUAUGACGCGCUGGCUGGAUGUGGAAGUGGGAACGGAUGACAUCGAACUUAAUACACUGCCAUCAAACUUGGCUUUGAUAGACCUGAACAAUGAUAAUGAAUUCAAGCUCGUUGUCGGUGAUUUAGGUAAAGGAGACGAAGGACCGAAGUUAAAAGUGUUCAAAGGGGCCAUGCAAGUAUCAGACAUGCUACUACCAGACCUCCCUCUGGCAGUUGUUGGCUUCUACACAAACGAGUCGCUACCACGAUCGGCGCCCAUGAUAGCUGUGGCCUUCAGCUCCUGUGUCUACAUAUACAAGAACAUGAAACUGUUCUACAAAUACUAUCUGCCGUCUAUUGAUCUAAGUGUAUGCGAGACUGAAGUGUGGAAACAGUUAAUGGAUCCUGCUAACCACAAUAUCGAGGCAAUUUCAAGACUGACUGAAAACUUAAAUGCUAUACCGCACAAGAUACUCAGCUCACAGUCUCGUAAUUUCAUUGCGUUGACAUCGGAGCAGCAGCUGGAAUACUUAGAACAAUUACCAGAAGCCCCAUCACGGAAACAACCGGAGGUUGCUUGUAUUACCACAUUGAAGAUGCACUCUGUUGAACGGUACUCCGUUAGCUGUCUUGUGGUUGGUACCGAAGAUGGUGAAGUGGUUGUCCUAGAUCCACAGACGUUUACACAGGUUUCAGUGACUAAGCUGUGCAGUGUUAAAAGGACUCCGUACCAAAUGGUGACAACUGGACUGUACAAUGUAGACUACAGAAUCACAGUAGCCACAAGAGAGAAGUCCGUCUGCGUUAUAAAGCGGGACUGGGCCGAGGGCCGGCAGUUGCUGGCGACAGAGGAGCACAUCAUCGCCAUGGAGGUGCUCACGGCAGAUCUCAGUAUUAUGCUCGUCUGCGCAGAUAAUACGCUCGCUUCUUACAGUAAGAAGGACGCUGCCGCCCCUAGCCCGCGCCCUAUACGGCCUAUUGACAGAUCCAGGACUGUUCCCCAGGGCAAGAAGCAAUGGUCAAUCAACCUAGAGCACCGGCCGGUGGCCAUGACACUAGUCCCUGUGCUGCACCUAGGAGUCACUCUGGCGGCCGUAGCGCUAGCGUCAGGUCACGUGCUCCUAUAUGAUGGGAAGGCGCGGCGAGACAACAUGUUCGUCAGAGAUGUCGUUUCCGUAAUGAAGUUCGGCCAGUUGGGACAAGAAGAACACGUAUUCAUUAUAGUUACUGUGGGUGGUAACCUCAUGCUGAAGAUCCUGAAACGCACGGCGGACUUCGCAGGCCACUCGGCGGGCGUUGACGCGCUGCCGGCCGCGGGGCAGAAACCCUGGCUCAUCCCCAAGAAGUCCAAGCUGUUUCUGGAACAAUCUCUGAGAGAACGGGAGAACGCUAUUGCCAUGCACGAGAACUUUCAACACGAGCUGAACCGCCUGCGACUUCAAGCCGCCAAGACUCUGCUGGAUGCUCACGUCAGGUCUGACAAUUCCAUCGGAGUGGGCGCUAUGGAGUCUGUCCGGUUGUCUGCUGAGGUGGAAGGCCUGGGUCCCGUGUUCUGCGUGAGCCUGAUAGUGGAGAACACGUCGCCCGAUAAAGCCGUCAUCGGGCUGUCCAUAUUGUUUCACGUGCACACCACCAACUACAAGGUUUCCAACCCACACAUCAAGGUGCCCCUGCUCCCUCCGAAUGGAAAGCUGAAGUUUCCAACCAAAGUGGAGGAGGUAUUCGACGAUGACGUAAGUCCCGAUGUCCUCUUCCGAACUGUGACAGGGGAGGGCGGGCAAAGAGCGCUGGUGAAAAUCCUGCUCCUCAAGGCGGGGAGACACAGCCCGGCUUUGGCUGCGACUGUCAUGAUGCCCCCAACUGACCCUAUGAUGAUUCCUGUGGAUAAGAUGCAGUCUAGCGGUUUUGGGGACGAGAAACUGCAGUCUGGAUAGAAGAUAUGGUGAAAAGGCUGAUGUUAAGCUACGGCGGACUUCUAUAAAGCUGGGAUGCACCAUCUUACUUUAACUUUAACAAACGUCAAAAAUCUGUUAAACUCCAUACAAAAACACUGGUUAUCGUCAUAGUUACGGUUAAAGUUACGUUUUUUUUUUUUUUUUUUUUUUUUUUGCGUCAGGAAAAUGUAUUGAAAUGCAUACCCACCGGUCCGGGGGUUCCGGUGGGUUAUGUGGGGCUCUCCCUGCCAGAAGGGCAGGGCCUACCCACUAAAAACCUGACGGGUCCCUCGGGUGGCGCUUAGUGGAGUAGCACGUAAGGCGCCGUUAAGUCGUUCACAUGCGUACCCCCACGCUUUGGCCGCAGCCUCACUCAAACUGU